CUUUCGUUGGUCCAGAAUUGACGGAGCUAUCAUCGUUGGCGCGGCCCAUUCGGACGCCUUCACUUUUCAAUCUCCCGCUGAGCCUUGACUUCGCGCGCUACACAACCUAGACUCAUUCCAUGGGCAAUCUGACCGAUAUCCAAAGGCGUGCAAUCGUUAACGAUCUUCUUUUUAGUUGUAGAGACGGCAAACCGCCCCAUGGCACAUUUGCCAAGCUUGCUGAGGUUUAUGGCUGUCACUGGCAUAGUAUCAAGCGCAUCUGGGACCGCUACCAGAAGAACGUAGCACAGGGAAUCGCCGAUGGGGCCCCCGAAAGCAGAAUCAAAGGAAACUCAGGGCGGAAGCCAUACGAUCGCUCCAAACUGGCGGCGAAGCUCAAGAAGGUACCCGUCUUUCAGCGUCGUCGUGUGGCAGCUACAGCGGCUCGUAUUGGGGUCUCCACGUCCCUGAUACGGUCUCUGGUUGACGAGGGGUACCUGACGCGGCGUUCAAGACGCAUUAAGCCUCACCUGAGCGACAACAACAAGAUUCAGCGCAUGCAGCACACUCUCACCUUCAUCAAUGAGCAGACGUACCAGUUUGAAAACAUGUACGGUAUGAUACACAUAGAUGAAAAAUUGUUUAACGAGGACAUCGACGAGCGCACCUUUCUGGUUCUCCCCGACGAAGAACUGCCAGAACGCCACCGCCAAAGCAAGCGCUUUAUACCGAAGACCAUGUUUCUGGCAGCGGUGGCCAGGCCAAGAUGUAGGAGGCGAUCCCUUCGUGGAAAUUGAUGCUUCUGAUAAUUAAUAUAUUGACGAGUCAAAUGACCCA